CUUGUCCCCUGACCACUCAGUCCUCACUUUUAGAACGGUUUCCAGAAGUGAUGGGAAGGGGUGGGCAGGGCAGCUAAAUAUAGUCCUGGGGCCAGGGCUCAGUCUGGGAGGGUCUGUCCAUUAUUCACUGUGUGCCUUCCCGGUGGUGUCCACUGUUAGCUGCCCCUGUGAGUUCCCGUCCUUGCUCUGAGUUUGCGGCUUGCCCCUUGCUUGUCUUCAGACACAGCUUUGACUCCCUGUAAGGUUAGGCCUGACCUUGACGGGGCCUCCUGGGAGUCUCUUUUUGCCCAAGAUCUCCAUCCAGACCUGUCCGUCAUGUCGGCCGCGCCUGGUCUCCUGCACCAGGAGCUGUCCUGCCCGCUGUGCCUGCAGCUGUUUGACGCGCCUGUGACGGCCGAGUGUGGCCACAGCUUCUGCCGAGCCUGCCUGAGCCGCGUGGCGGGGGAGCCGGCGGCGGACGGCACUGUGCCCUGCCCGUGCUGCCAGGCACUCACGCGGCCACAGGCGCUCAACACCAACCUGCAGCUGGCGCGCCUGGUGGAGGGGCUGGCGCAGGUGCCGCAGGGCCACUGCGAGGAGCACCUAGACCCGCUCAGCAUCUACUGCGAGCAGGACCGCGCGCUCGUGUGCGGCGUGUGCGCCUCGCUCGGUUCGCACCGCGGCCACCGCCUGCUCCCCGCCGCCGAAGCCCAUGCGCGCCUCAAGACGCAGCUGCCACAGCAGAAGAUGCAGUUGCAGGAGGCAUGUAUGCGCAAGGAGAAGAGUGUGGCUGUGCUGGAACAUCAGCUGUUGGAGGUGGAGGAGACGGUGCGUCAGUUCCGGGGGGCUGUCGGGGAGCAGCUGGGCAAGAUGCGGGUGUUCCUGGCUGCACUGGAGGGCUCCUUGGACCGUGAGGCAGAGCGCGUGCGGGGCGAGGCAGGGGUUGCCUUGCGGCGGGAGCUGGGGAGCCUGAACUCCUACCUGGAGCAGUUACGGCAGAUGGAGAAGGUGCUGGAGGAGGUGGCGGACAAGCCACAGACUGAGUUCCUCAUGAAAUACUGCCUGGUGACCAGCAGGCUACAGAAGAUCCUGGCGGAAUCACCACCGCCUGCCCGGCUGGACAUCCAGCUUCCUGUCAUCUCAGAUGACUUCAAAUUCCAGGUGUGGAGGAAGAUGUUCCGGGCUCUGAUGCCAGCUAUGAAGGAACUGACCUUUGACCCGAGCACGGCCCACCCAAGCUUGGUGGUGUCUCCCUCCGGCCGCCGCGUGGAGUGCUUGGACCAGAAGGCGCCCCCGGCUGGCGAGGACCCGUGCCAGUUCGACAAGGCCGUGGCGGUGGUGGCACACCAGCUGCUGUCUGAUGGCGAGCACUACUGGGAGGUGGAAGUGGGCGAUAAGCCACGCUGGGCACUAGGCGUGAUCUUGGCCCAGGCCAGCCGCCGAGGCCGGCUGCACGCUGUGCCCUCGCAGGGCCUCUGGCUGCUGGGGCUACGCGAAGGCAAGAUCCUGGAGGCGCAUGUUGAAGCCAAGGAACCGCGCGCGCUGCGCACCCCGGAGAGGCGGCCGUUGCGCAUUGGGAUCUACCUGAGCUUUGGCGAUGGCAUCCUCUCCUUUUAUGAUGCCAGCAACGCUGAUGCCCUCGAGCAGCUCUUUGCUUUCCACGAGCGCCUGCCCGGGCCUGUGUACCCCUUCUUUGACGUGUGCUGGCACGACAAGGGCAAAAAUGCUCAGCCGCUGCUGCUUGUGGGGCCUGAUGGUGAGGAGGCCUGAGCUGCCUGCCAGAUUGGGGAGGGGUGCAGGGUCCUGCAGGCCUGGAAGGAGAUGGGUGGGCAGGGGACAGGUUGCGAGGGCUGAAGGCAGGGCCAAGGGGGUUGGGGACUGGGAACUCGGGACUCCAAAAUUUCUGAGAAGUUAAGGGUUUCAGGGGCUGGGUGGCUGUGGGGAAGGAAGAUCUAAAGUCAGGUCAGUGAGGAAAUUUCAGUUUGGGAACCAGGAAGCCCAAGGAUUCCAGGAAGAAACUGAAGUUCAGGGGAGGAGUGAAAAGGGCAGGAAUAUGGGGGAAGGGGGACUGAAGAACUCUGUAGAGCAAGGAGCCCCUCACAUUCACCUCAUAUUCCCCUCCUUCUUGGUGGCCUUGGGGCAGGGGUUCCAGAUUCACCAUACAGAAAGAUCUUUCACUUAGUGGUUCUCCAACUUGGCCAGACAUCAAAACCACAUUUUCAAAGCAUGUAACUGACUUGUUAAAGCAGAGUGUUGAGUUUCUGGUUCACUAGGUCUGGGGGCAGACCAAAAUUUAGUUUUUGUAACGAGUUCCUAGGGUGAUGCUCUUGCUGCAGGUUACAAGUGGGGUCACCUGGAGAACUGCUGACUUAAGACACUGGUCUGUUCAAUCAGCUUCCGUUAUACGGAGUCAGUUAUCGAUAACUAUUAGCUCUUAGGCAUAGGAAAACCACAAUAUAUUCCUCUGGAGAUCAACAGCCAUUUGAAAACUGCCAGAGCCCAUGCGAGUGAAUAAACUGAUCCCCAACUA